GGGGAGGGCACGUUCCGGGGCCUCGCCCAGGCCGAUGGCACCCUCAUCACCUGUGUGGAUUCUGGGAUUCUCAGAGUCUGGAGUGACAACGACGAGGAGGCAUCCUCUGACCCACUCCUGGAACUGAGGGUGGGCCCUGGCGUGUGUAGGAUGCGCCAAGACCCGACACACCUACACGUGGUUGCCACGGGCGGGAAGGAGAAUGCCUUAAAGCUGUGGGACCUGCGGGGGUCUGAGGAACCCGUGUUCAGGGCCAAGAACGUACGGAAUGACUGGCUGGACCUGCGGGUUCCCAUCUGGGACCAGGACAUACAGUUCCUCCCUGGGUCACAGAAGCUUGUCACCUGCACGGGGUACCACCAGGUCCGUGUCUACGAUCCGGCCUCUCCCCAGCGCCGACCAGUCCUAGAGGCCACCUACGGAGAGUACCCACUGACAGCCAUGGCCCUCACUCCUGGGGGCAGUUCGGUGAUAGUAGGGAACACUCACGGGCAGCUGGCAGAAAUUGACUUUCGGCAAGGGCGUCUGCUGGGCUGUCUGAAGGGGCUGGCCGGCAGUGUCCGUGGGUUGCAGUGCCACCCUUCAAAGCCCCUCCUAGCCUCCUGUGGCUUGGACAGAAUCUUGAGGGUACACCGGAUCCAGAAUCCCCGGGGAAUGGAGCAUAAGGUUUAUCUCAAGUCUGGACUGAACUGUCUCCUCCUGUCAGGCAGGGAUAACUGGGAGGAUGAGCCCCAAGAAACUCAAGAGCCUGACGGGCUGCCCCUAGGAGACACAGAGACUGAUGAACUCUGGGCGUCCUUGGAGGCAGCUACCAAGCGGAAGCUCCCAGAUUUGGAGCAGACCCGGGGGGCUCCCCAGACGAGACGAAGAAAAAAGAAGUGGCCUGGGUCUGCCAGCCCCUAAAGCCCCUAUGCCCGCUUUGUAAAUAAACAGCUGGACACCCAGUGA